GUGUGGUGGGACGGCGAGUGAAUAGAGCCGUACGAGAGGUACGGGCCACUCGGACGGUAGUGAGUCCCCUCACUAUAGUCCGCGCGAUGGCAUGUAUAGGAUCGAGUAGGCUUUGUGCUCGUGUGGAGAGACUGUGCCAGUUCGGACAUGUCGCCCAGUUGCGGAGGAGAGUUUCGACCACGGCAUGUGUCAAGUCGCGGCCAGCGAUCUCCCGGACGGGCGGCGCGCUGCUGCAGCACUGCCAGAACAAAACGAACACGCGGGACAGCAGGAUAGGUCUCGCGAGGGCAACGAGCACUAUGCAAACACAGAUGCCUGGAUCUUUGCCUGAUUACCAAAUCGAUCCUUACAGACUCAUAGAGGACGACCUUAAGGACAUAUUCGACGAUAUACAACUGGAGCUUGUCAACAACACCUCGCGAGAAGAGCUGCAGCCCAUAAGCACGUACUACAUCGAUGGCCAGGGGAAAGCGGUGCGGCCCAUGCUCACCAUACUCAUGGCGCGUACUAUUAAUUAUCACAAGGGAAGGAACGAUCUCUUGCAUUCGCAACGACAAAUAGCGAUGAUCUCCGAGAUGAUCCACACCGCUUCUUUAUUGCACGACGAUGUCAUCGACCAAUCGGACUUCCGUCGUGGUAAACCAUCCGUCAACAUCGUUUGGAGCCAAAAGAAGGUGGCUAUGGCAGGAAAUUACAUCUUAUCGGUCGCCUGCAUGAUGCUCUCCAGAGUCCAGAACGAUGACGUGACUAUUACCAUCAGUCAGAUUAUCUCUGACUUGGUGCAAGGCGAGUUCAUGCAGCUUGGUUCCAAAGAAACGGAAAACGAAAGGUUCGCGCACUAUCUCACGAAGACGUAUCGAAAAACAGCGAGCUUAAUUGCCAAUUGCGUUAAAGCGGCCGCCAUUCUUUCCGAUGUCGACGAUCACACGAUAGAGAUGGCCUUCCAAUACGGCAGGAAUGUCGGCUUGGCUUUCCAGUUGGUGGACGAUCUUUUGGACUUUGUGGCUUCUUCAACAGCUAUGGGCAAGCCCACUGCCGCUGACCUCAGACUCGGACUAGCUACAGCCCCGGUGCUCUUUGCUUGCGAACGAUAUCCGGAACUGAAUGCGAUGAUUAUGCGCCGUUUCCAAGAGCCCGGAGACGUUGAAAAAGCUUUCGAAUUGGUGCACAAAUCCAAUGGUCUCGAACAGACCAGAUUCUUGGCGAAGAAGCACUGCGCGGAAGCAACCAAGAUCGCGCAGUCUUUCGCUAAGAGCCCUUAUCAGAGGGCACUGAUGAUUAUGACGGAUCUGGUCAUCAACCGCAUGAAAUAGCAUCGCGAAGAACGCAGGUUUAGGCGGGAGAUCAAUUUUAUAAAUAUUUAUAUGUUAUACUGGACGAUAACAGCUAGUAUAAUCCUCUCAAGUUUUAUCAAUCGAAUGCAGGGGUGGUAUCGAAGAAAGUUUUUCAUGUUCAAUGUUACACCAUUAGCCGGAAUUGUAUAUUGUUAUAAAUAAUUUAUAUAUUUGAGAAUUUUUAUAAAACCUAAUGAAAUAAGGAGAAUGAUUUCAUCUUUAUAAUUCGCGAUAGUGUAACAUUGAUACUUGAUUGAUAACAUUAGUGCAUAGCGUAAUUACGUAUCGUCGCAUCGCCGACUCUGAGUUUAUACCUCAUCCGGAAAAAAAAUAAAGGAGGCAUCCCGAGCCCCGUAACGUAUUCGCUAAAGUGCUUCUGCCUUUUUCAGAGGACUUCAUCAAUAUAUCGAAGAAUAUAUUGAGUUUUAGUUGCCUGGAAACAUGCAGAAAUUGCACUUAGUAACAAAAGUGCCUAGGCAUUACGUUUACUUGGCCUGUAUGUGAGGAAAACAUCACAUAUUACCUGAUUUUAUAAAUCGUUAGCCGAUCAUGUAAAUAAAGUAAUCUAGUAAUUAGUGCAAUGCAUUAGCAUCGAUAAUCAUUUCUGUUAUAUCUCUUUUAUGCAUGCAUCUUUCAUUAUGCGUCAUGAUACAAUUAUAUUGUUGUCGGUUUUCAAAAUAAAAAUAAUGCAUAAUGCCAAAUCGCUCUAUCUUAACGAUAUAUCUAUUACUUAAAUGUACUUGCUGUAUCUAAUGAUAAUUAUUGUAUCGCGACACGCCAGAAAAAUUGCUUGCAUCAAAGGAGUUUUAAUGAGAAUUUACGUUAGCAUGGCAAAAACAAACUAAAAAUUGAAAAAAUACAUAUAUAUAUAAUGACAGACGUACAGAAUUAACGCUACAAUAGGAUAUUCUUCGGUCUUUGUCAUGGCCGAUUGAAUACAAUGGAAUACAUAUUUUUGAUAAACUGAAAUAAUUCUUAUCGCAGUAAACUCGUAAAAGUAAAUAGUAAGAUAUGCCAAUAUUAAUUUUAUCGAUAGCCCAAUUUAAAGUUUUACUAAAAGCGGCUAAAAGGAAUAUUUGCCAAAGAAGUAACAAGUUGGUUUUUCUUUUCUUUUUCAACCAACAAGAUUAGCAAAAGUUAACUUUGGUUUGUCAUAUAAUUGAUGAGAAUUAUCUGCUUCUUUAAGUUUUAGAAUGCGAAUAUCAUUGAAAUUUACACAAUGCGGAGAAAAAUAAAAGUAUCUUUUAUUACUUAGAAAUUGUCCAGUAAGAAUAGAACCACUUUUGCCACAUUUUGCUUAAUAGGUGAACUGCUCAAAAUACCAAUAUUACUGGAUAUGUAAGUUUAAUUGUCUAGUGUACAAUAAUUUAUAUUUAUGAGAAUGUAUAUAAUUGUUUAAAAUGUUAUACAAUACAAUAGAACAUUAACUAAAACAUGUAAUUAUGAUCAAAUGUAGACUUAUGAUAGAAUAAGUAUACGCUGCAAAGAAAGAGACGUGCAACCGGGACUACCGAUCUCCUCCAUACGGUUUUGCAAUAUUUAUUUAAAUCUUGUGAGAAAUGCAUAAAAGUUUAUUCCAAGAUACGUUUGUAUUCAAAGAGGCACGAGAAAGUCUCCUAACGAGACAUAAACUAUGUGAUAAACCAUAAAUGAAUACAAAAAUGAAUUUAAUACGCGUGUAAUUCCAUAUAAAUAGAAUUUUAGUUUGAUCUUCUAAUUGUUAAACAUAUAUUUAUCCGCUUAAUCUCUUACAUGUUCAAAAGUUGAGCAACAUUCAUCGAUACAUUUGUGUAUUCUAAUACAAUUAGAAAAUACAAUUAGUUUAAAGUUUCGUUUCAUAUACUGUAAAACAUUCUGCAAGACUACAGAAAAUCCAAAGAAAGCAGAUCCGACAGAUUUGAAUUCGAUAGAAUUGAUUUUUGAAAACGCGCAUCUACCAAGUUUUUUAAACGUUCUUAUUGUCUUGAUAUCCAUACACUUUGAGGGGGUGAAAAAAGUAAUAAUAUCAGUUUAAAUUAAAAAAAGCAGUCAUUUAUGUAUUAGCGCUAAUUUAUACAUCUGAUUAAAAUGCAUAUAAUCUGGACUGUUUUUCAAAUAAGUGCCUCAUAUAUAUCAAUUGUUGCUGAUUGUAUAACAAAAUAUUAUGAAUAUUAACAAAAUAUUUUAAUGAUAUUCUAAACAUUUGUUAUUCCGUUUUACUUUUAUUUUUUGGAACCUAUGUUAUAUUUGUGAGUCAAUAAAUUUGUUUGUAGAUUUUAAUUUUUAUAGGGACUUGAUCGAAUGACGAAGAAUAGCCUGAUUUUAGAUUCGGUAUUGAAAAAUAACUUACUAUUAAGACUUUUAGAUUUUCAAAUAUGUGUUCAUAGCAGGAAUAUGGUACAAUAUUUUCACACUGUAAUUGUUAUAACGUUGGUUGAUUAACUACUUUAUUGUAAAACCUUAAUAUAAGUUCAAUUAUUGUGUUGGGGAUCAUUAAAUUCGAGUAUGUAAGUUUUUUUAAAUAUAAACAUGUGAAAUUAAAAUACAUAUAUCUUUUUAAACAU